AGUUAGCGUAAAACCGUGCUAGCGGAAGUAGUUCACGACGGCUCGAACGAAAACAAACAGGGACACGACUUGAUCACAAAAUGGCUUCAUGUAGUACAAACAAUGAGGAUGAGCGCAAGCUACGAGAAUGUGAGAUCUAUGUUCAAAAGCACAACAUUCAGCAGGUGCUCAAAGACUGCAUUGUCCAGCUGUGCACAGCCCGGCCCGAACGACCCAUGGCAUUCCUCCGGGACCUCUUUGCAAGACUGGAGAAGGAAGAGGUCCAGCAGAUGGUGUUACAGCAGAAGUCCAUGGACUCACGUGAAGAUGAGGUUUCGCCACCUAUGAAUCCUCUGUUGAGGGGAAGGAGCAGGAGAGGAGCCAUCAGUGCUGAGGUGUACACGGAGGAAGAUGCUGCUUCCUAUGUCAGAAAGGUUAUUCCAAAAGACUACAAGACAAUGGCAGCUCUGGGCAAAGCCAUGGAGAAGAACAUCCUCUUUGCCCACUUAGACAGCAAUGAGAGAAGUGAUAUUUUUGAUGCCAUGUUUUCUGUCAACUACAUUGGUGGAGAAACAGUCAUCAUUCAAGGUGACGAGGGAGAUAACUUCUAUGUUAUCGACCAGGGAGAAAUGGAUGUGUACGUGAACAAUGAGUGGGUGACCAGCAUUAGCGAGGGUGGCAGUUUUGGGGAGCUCGCUCUAAUCUAUGGGACACCUCGAGCAGCUUCUGUUCGUGCUAGGUCCGAUGUCAAGCUAUGGGGAAUUGACAGAGACAGUUACAGGAGAAUACUCAUGGGAAGCACUUUAAGAAAGCGUAAGAUGUAUGAGGAGUUCCUGAGCAAAGUUUCAAUUUUAGAGUCUUUGGAAAAAUGGGAGCGUCUGACUGUGGCCGACGCCUUGGAGACAGUGCAAUUCGAAGAUGACCAAAAGAUUGUUGUGCAAGGAGAGCCUGGUGAUGAGUUUUUCAUCAUCUUGGAGGGGACAGCAGCAGUGCUGCAGAGGCGGUCCGAGGAUCAGGAGUUUGUGGAAGUUGGCAGACUUGGACCAUCAGAUUACUUUGGCGAGAUUGCCCUACUGAUGAACCGGCCUCGUGCCGCAACUGUUGUUGCAUGCGGACCCCUCAAGUGUGUCAAAUUGGAUCGGCCACGCUUUGAGAGAGUCCUUGGCCCCUGCUCCGACAUCUUAAAGAGAAACAUCCAGCAGUACAACAGCUUUGUUUCCCUCUCUGUUUGAACUUCCUUCCUUUCUUGUUUCAAAUUCACGACACAGGUCCAGUUCAUUUUGUAUUUUACCUCUCUUUCCAAUAUAACUGCAGCUGCCUUAUUGGGAAAAAAAAUGCUGUUUUUUUUCUUUCACGGGACACUUUGAUACCUUUCAGAGCUUUGCAGUAGUUGUUAUAAAUUAUUUUAUAUGUUACUGGCAUCGGGUGGAGUCUUCAUAUCUCCACAAUGAGCACUUUUAAAAAAACAAUGGAAGCCAAACAGCCUGCCUUGUGGUUUGAGUUCUUGCCUUUGUGUUUUAGUCAGGUCAUGUGAAAUAAAAAGUUCACUUUUAAUGUAA